AUGUCCAGCACCUCGCGGGCCCUCUACCGUGUCUUCGUCGCCCCGAACCUCCGCACCACGACCAACGGCAUCCCCAUCCAGUUCGCGCCCGCCUUCGCGCCCACCUUCGGGCCCCCCUCAGCCACCGUCACGCCGCUGAACCAGACCCAAGUGCGCACCAGGACAUUUGCGAGGAAAGACACGCGCCGCCACGCGCUGUCCGACCACUUCAUCAUCGACGGCGCCAUCAACGCGCCACGAGUCAACUAUGUCGACGCCAACGGCAACUACUUCGAGGACGUAGCCACGCUCGACGCCCUGAGCAGCUUCAACAAGGUCACGCACCACCUGGUGCAGGUCACGCCGGGCCAGGUGGAUGAGUACGGCACGCCGGACCCAGACCACCCGCCCGUGUGCCGCGUGGUGAGCAAGAUCGACCUGCGCGCCCAGCACGAGCGCAAGGUCGACGCCGUCCGCAAGCAGACCAAGGGCGUCACCGGCCCGCCGCAGAAGAACCUCGAGCUCAACUGGGCGAUUGGCGGAGGCGACUUGAAACACCGCCUCAACAAGCUGCAGCAGUUUCUGACAGAGGGCAGGAAGGUCGAGGUCCUGCUCGGUCCGAAGAAGAGGGGCAGGAAGGCGACGCCCGACGAGGCGGACGCAGUGCUCAAGGCGGUCGUGGGCGCCGUGGACGAGUGCAAAGGGGCAAGGGAAGUGAAGCGCGAGGGCGACGUCGGCGCCGUUCUGACGAUCAUGUUGGAGGGCAAGAAGAUGGAGGAGAAGAAGAAAAGUGACGAGCGAGCGCGUAGUGCAGGGGAUGGACCCACGUCAUGA